CCCACCUUUGCCCCACAGAGACUGUCCGUCCAUCUGUCCAUCUGUCUGUCCACCCAGCCUCGUCCUGCAGCAUGGCACACCUCCUGGGUCACCCUGGCUGCAUGGCAAGCCUGCAGGCCGACCUGAGAGACCUGCAGGGAGCCAUCGCUGACGUCACCUCCCGCACUGGCCCUGCACGCUUCCCCUCCUGGAAGUUCCCCAACAAAGUGUCCUGUGAGCUGGAUCUGGUGGUGUUGCUGGAGAGGUACAGCCACGCCGAGGGUGACCCCGAGUUCAGCCAGCACGCACAUGUGGUACUGCUGGAGCUGGUGAUAGACAGGUGA